AUGGCGGUCGCGGAGCUAUACAGAUCUGAAGAAGCACGACUGUUGAAAUCGAAGAUUCUUCCUUCUCCAGAUCAAUCCGGCGAUACAAGCCGCUUUUCCAAAUUCAUCGUCGAUCUGGAGCCGUCACAGGAACCGCCGCAGACCACGGCGUCCUCCGGCACCGGCAACGGUAAGAUACGCUACCGUUCGCCAUCUUCCACUGAGCUAUUGGAAUCAGGAACUGCCAACGUUUCCUCCGGUCACCAUUCUCCUCCUACCUCCGACUCUCAUCAGGGACUUCUCUCUGUUGACGACGGAGGUAAGAUGACGGCUAAACGUGGGAUUGGAAGGCACGAAUCUAUUACCGAUAAGAUCCAACGCCAUCGAGGUAUUAUACUCGUGAUUUCGGUUCCCGUUGUGCUGAUCGGACUCGUUCUUCUGUUAAUGCCUGGGAGAUCGGCUUCUGACUCGGUCGUUGAAGAGUACACGGUCAAUAAUCGAAAAGGAGGCCCGAAUUCAAGGGCUCCGAAGAAUUACGCCGUGAUUUUUGAUGCUGGAAGUUCUGGAAGCCGUGUACAUGUUUACUGUUUUGAUCAGAAUUUGGAUCUUCUUCCUCUCGGUAAUGAACUCGAGCUCUUCCUACAGCUAAAACCAGGGUUGAGUGCAUAUCCUACUGAUCCCCGGCAAGCAGCAAACUCUUUGGUGUCUCUUCUUGACAAAGCAGAAGCUUCUGUUCCCCGCCAGUUGCGUCCGAAGACACCUGUCAGAGUUGGGGCAACUGCAGGUUUGAGGACUUUGGGUCAUGAAGCAUCUGAGAACAUUUUGCAAGCUGUUAGGGAACUCUUGAGAGAUAGAAGCAUGCUGAAAACUGAGGCAAAUGCAGUUACCGUUCUGGAUGGUACUCAGGAAGGUUCUUAUCAGUGGGUGACAAUUAAUUACUUGCUAAGGAACUUGGGAAAACCAUACUCAGAUACGGUUGGAGUGGUUGACCUUGGAGGGGGUUCUGUUCAAAUGGCAUAUGCUAUAUCAGAGGAAGAUGCUGCAAGUGCACCAAAACCAUUAGAUGGAGAGGAUUCAUAUGUCAGAGAAAUGUAUCUGAAGGGAAGGAAGUAUUUCCUCUAUGUUCACAGUUACCUACAUUACGGAUUACUGGCCGCCCGAGCAGAGGUUUUGAAAGUUUCGGAAGUUUCAAACAACCCCUGCAUGGUGUCAGGCUAUGAUGGUACUUACAAGUAUGGAGGAGAAGCAUUCAAAGCUGUUGCUGGGUCAUCUGGUGCGAGUCUUGAUGAGUGCCGAAGAAUAACCCUCAACGCACUCAAAGUGAAUGACACACUAUGUACACACAUGAAAUGCACAUUUGGUGGAGUUUGGAAUGGUGGUCGAGGUGGUGGGCAAAAGAAUAUGUUUGUUGCUUCAUUUUUCUUCGAUCGUGCUGCUGAGGCUGGAUUCGUUGAUCCGACGCAACCGGUUGCUAGAGUUCGUCCGAUGGACUUUGAGAAAGCAGCAAAGAAAGCUUGCAGUAUGAAGAUGGAAGAGGGAAAAUCGAAGUUCCCACGUGUGGAGGAAGAGAAUUUGCCUUACUUGUGCAUGGAUCUCGUUUACCAAUUUACUCUGCUCAUUGAUGGAUUCGGAUUGGAAGCAUCACAGACAAUAACGUUAGUGAAGAAGGUGAAAUAUGGAGAACACGCCGUGGAAGCUGCGUGGCCACUGGGUAGCGCAAUAGAGGCCGUAUCCUCACCGUGA